AUGGCAACGAGUAAGGAAUCAGAAUCCGUGUCGAAACCCAACCAGUCAUCGAUUACCUGUCUUGCUACAAUACUAUUUCUAUUGGGCAUUCAAUAUAAUAUUAUGGCAUUGAUUUUAAAAAGGAAUUCCGCCAAGUCUUCUGGACUUACUGGAUUCUUCUUUAAUGUAUUACCUUACAGCUGUUCAGUGAAAUUUCUAAUUGCGACGGUAGUAGUACAGAAUCUUGAAGACCGUCGCUACAGCCAUUCAACUGAAACCGUGAAGGAGUACAAUAUCGUUAAGGCUAGAUUUCUGCCAUCUCCUUGGUGGCUCGUAAUGGCAUUUUUGGUGUUUGUGGUGGUAUUAAUUGUGAAUAAGAGACUGGAAUUCAAGGACUAUCGAAUUUCAUUUAUCAGUGUUGUUUUUUCUGUGAUAUCGUUUAUUACUUUAGCAAGUUGGGGAUGCUUCAAUGUUGAGUUUAAGGAGAGUCUUUAA